UUCCGAGUCUGCGAGUGAAAUUUGCGUAGCUCAACAAUCAAAAUCAACUAUUACUUUCAAGGUUAUCAUUAACCAAAACUUGUUUGAUAAAGAGCAUAAAAAGGUUACUGAAGCUAUGGAUGAGGAAGAUUUGCGCAUUAGUAUCUAUGGAAAAUUUUCCAAAGUUUAUGAAUAUACAUAUGCGAGUUACGCACAAUUUGCAUCUG